GGCAGUGCCGGGGCAGAAGUCUGAGCUCCAGAGCCAGCAGACAAAUAGCAGCAGCAGCAGAGCGACAGCUCCGAGAGCAGCUCCAGCAGCAGCAGCUCCGACGACAGCUCCAGCAGCAACAGCUCCGACGACAGCUCCAGCAGCGACAGCUCCAGCAGCGAUGCUUUGCCGAAUGCACCUCGCACCCUUUGCCUCCAGCUCCCUGGCCACUCAGCUGGGCACAGUGAGGACCCUCUGGCCGCACGCAGAGACCAUCUUCACCGAGCUGCAGCAGGAGAUGGAGAGGGCUCGGCGGUUCAUGAGCAGCUUCGAGCAGCUCCUGAGCAGCCAAGUAGCCACCGCCAUGGAGCAAGCCCCAGCUGCAAGCACAGCUCCAACCCAGGGCUCCGGGGAGGGCUUCUCCAUCUGCCAGGACGUGAAGAACUUCACUCCCGAGCAGCUGUCGGUGAAGGUGGUGGGCAGGAAGGUGGUGCUGGUGGGGCAGAAGGAGACGCAGAACACGGACGAGAAGGGCUCCUUCUCCUACAAGUACGAGGCACUGAAGCGCGAGUGGGACGUGCCCGAGGAGGUGGACGCCGAGGCCCUGACCUGCUCCCUGACCAAGGAGGGGCAGCUCCGCAUCGAGGCUCCCCGACUGGCACUGCCAGCUGCCCCCGAGAGGAAUGUGCCCAUCCAGGUCAGCCCUGCAGCCCCUCAGCCUGGACCAGCCUCUGAGGAUGCCGGCAGCAAAGCCCAGGCGUAACGGGAGGGAGCCGAAGGCCCACGGCAGGACCGGAGCAGAUGGCAGCCAGCCCUAGGUGUUGGCCCCGCUGCUGGCACCAGCAGUGAUGCCACUUUUUUCAUUCUACUGGAAUUGUUUUGUACCCAAUAAAAAUUCUUUUGCAUAGAA